AUGUCUAUCUUCGCCUACUUACCACCGCUGCCGCCGUUCCUUUUCUCGGCCCUCGUCGUGAGCGGUCUCGCCUCCAAGGCUUUACACAUUGCUUUGCAUUUUCACUCAUUACCAUUCCUCCUCCUCGUUCUCUACUCGCCAACCCUGAUUCUACCCGAUGUACUGGUCAUUAUAGCCGUGCGGGUGUUGUUGCGUUUCCCUGCGCCGGAAAAUAAAUGGCAAUGGCUCUCGACUGUGGUGGGUGGGGCACUAUCCCUGAUCACAUGGGGUGCCUCGUCCAUCCAGUUCGGGUUCUUCAUGCAGACCGGUGCCGAGGUCGCCUGGGCAGCUGGCGGUAGCUUCCUAAGCGACCCAGCAGCGAUGAAAAUCCUCCUCAGCGGUAUCUCGACAGUGACCGCUGCGGCCACUGUCCUCGGAUUGGUAUCGUGGUUGCUUCAUUCGCAUUUGUACAACCUUAUCGGACUUGGGUUGCAGGCAAUCCGAGACCUGUGCAUGGGAGGAUACAACGCCCGUUAUACAUUGAUCGCCGCCCCCAGCAAGUCGUGCAUGGCCUUUACCGACCUCCGAUCCCUCCGUCGCAUUAUUCCCGCAGUCAUAAUCAGUGUCUCACUGCUUUUCUUGGAACUCAGUCGACCCGCCAUACCGUAUGACCAUUUAUCCGGAGCUCUCCCGCUGACGCUACUCGAGGCUUUCCACCGAAAGUCGCCUACAGUGGAAGGAUGUCGUGAGCCUGCGGUGCCGUUCCCCUUGAUGGUCACGGAUCUUAAUGGCGAAACCCGUCCUCAGUUCGAACCGGACUCGUCCUUUGUGGAACAAUGGUCACGAGCUAGCUGGCUCCCCGAGAACCCGCCCCCGGGUUUCACCCGCUGGCAUCUCAGCCCCAACGAGCGUGCGGAGAAAGACAACCAAUUUGCUUUUGUUUGCGGUGGUGAUGAGGGUGGAUUCUACAACCCGAAGAAUGAUCCGCUCAUGAUUUCGAAUUUGGGCGGUGACAUCUACGAACCGCUGAAAAAAGCCUUUGAUGAGCACUCCGUUCAGGUCAACCAUGUAAUUUUAUUAACACUUGAAAGUGGUCGCAAAGAGCUUUUCCCCAUGCAACAGGGCACUCCUAUGUUUGAAGGUCUCCUCGCCUCCCACAAGAAGCAAAAUGUCAAGGAGGCAAUCGAUCGUCUGGUGACAAUGACCCCGGUCGCUCAGCAGCUCACCGGCGAGUUUGCAACCGACAGCAACGGAACCAAGGUCGACCUGAGCCACUCUCCGUGGAGAACACCGCCACAAGAAGGAAUGGGAGGACUCAAUGUGCGUGGCGCUUUGACGGGUAGCUCCUUGACCUUCAAGAGUAUCUUGGGAAGCCACUGUGGUGUCAACCCUUUGCCAGUGGAUCUUCUGGAGGAGUCCGGACUUCAAAUCUACCAGCCAUGCUUGCCCCAGAUCUUCGAUCUGUUCAAUGAAGGCAAGUCGCAAUCGCCGCAGCGCCGCCAAAACGAUUCUCAGACCCAGUCCGAAGCGCUCAGUCAUCCUUGGAAGUCCGUCUUCAUGCAGUCGAUUACCGACAACUAUGAUCGCCAAGACAUCCUUAACCAAAACAUGGGCUUCAAGCAUAAGGUUGUCAAGAGUGACCUCGAAUCCCCCGACGCGAAACAUAAGGUACAAGGCAAGGAGAUCAACUACUUCGGAUACGCUGAAAAUGAGCUUGCGCCGUACGUCUUGGACCUCUUCGAGGAGGUUGCAAACAACAAGACACGCAUGUUCCUUUCCCACGUCACCAGCACGACUCACCACCCCUGGGGCACACCAGAUGACUUUAAGAAAGAACCAUACAUGAGCGACCAAGGAAACAUCAACCACGACCUGAUGAACAACUACCUGAACGCCGCACGAUUUGUCGAUAUCUGGCUUGGUGACAUCAUGAACAUGCUUGACAAGACAGGCAUUGCAAACGAGACUCUUGUCGUUGUCGUCGGAGACCACGGUCAAGCAUUCGGCGAAGACAACAAGGAGAUGACGGGCACGUACGAAAACGGCCAUAUCAGCAACUUCCGCGUGCCUUUGGUCUUCCACCACCCGCAGAUGCCUCGAGUGGACAUAACUGCCAACGCCACCUCCCUCGCCAUCAUCCCCACCAUCCUCGAUCUCCUCGUCGAGUCCCACUCGCUCGACGAACGUGACUCCGAGAUCGCCUCCGCUCUUCUUCCCGAGUACCAAGGCCAGUCGCUCUUGCGACCAUUCCUCUCCUCCGUCCAGGAACCGCUUCAGCGCCGUGAUCAACCCCAGCCCGAAGCGCACAAGGGCGCGGACCAGGUUGAAUCUCGGUCUCAACCAGAUGGCUUUUCGAAGCGACUUGCCUGGAACAUGGGACUGAUCAACGCCGGUGGCUCGAUGCUCUCGGUCACCUCCGCCGACAUUCCCUACCGCCUCAUCCUCCCUCUGAAGGAUGACUUCGAGUAUACCUUCACCCACCUCGGCGAGGACCCCGGAGAGAAACACCUCACGAAGGCAUGGACUCUGGAAAGUUUGAUCGAGGCAGUCGAACCCAAGUAUGGCGAAGAGUCCAUUGCUUGGCUCAAGGAUGCCGAACAAGUCGGCAAGUGGUGGGUGAGCGAACAGAAGCGCAUCUGGGGUUACCGGGAAGCCUAG